CGUCUCGCGCUGUUCCCGCCCUGGCGACGCGCGCAUGCGUAGUGCCGCUCCUCGCGCUCCCUCAGGCGGGUUGGGGUGCGGUGGCCAUGGCGGCGGCGUUCCUGGCCCGCGGCGGCUGGGUGCCCAGGGCACGGGCCCUGGGGUCCCUCCGCCGGCUGCACACGGUGUACCAGACGGUGGAGCUGCCGGAGACGCACCAGAUGCUGCGCCAGACGUGCCGGGACUUCGCCGAGAAGGAGCUGAUGCCGCUCGCCGCUCAGCUGGACAAGGAGCACCGCUUCCCGGCCGAGCAGGUGAAGAAGAUGGGCAGCCUAGGGCUACUGGCUAUGGAAGUGCCAGAGCAGUUCAAAGGAGCGGGCCUCGACUACCUGGCCUAUUCCAUUGCUGUGGAGGAGAUCAGCAGGGGCUGUGCGUCCACGGGCGUCAUUGUCAGCGUCAAUAAUUCUCUGUAUUUAGGGCCAAUACUCAAGUUUGGUUCGGAAGAACAGAAGCACAAGUGGAUUUCUCCCUUCACCAGCGGGGACAAAAUAGGAUGUUUUGCUCUUAGCGAACCAGGGAACGGCAGUGAUGCGGGUGCAGCAUCCACAGUGGCACGUCUGGAUGGUGAUGAGUGGGUUCUGAAUGGCACCAAGGCAUGGAUCACCAAUGCCUGGGACGCCUCAGCCACCGUAGUGUUUGCCACUACAGAUAAAUCCCUGAAGCACAAGGGCAUUAGUGCCUUCCUUGUUCCUAUGCCGACUGCGGGGCUGUCCCUGGGGAAGAAAGAAGACAAGCUGGGCAUCCGAGCCUCUUCCACUGCCAACCUGAUAUUUGAGGACUGUCGGAUACCCAAGGCCAACCUGCUGGGGCAGCUGGGAAUGGGCUUCAAAAUUGCCAUGCAAACUCUAGAUGGAGGAAGGAUUGGCAUCGCCUCCCAGGCUCUGGGAAUAGCUCAGGCAGCUCUGGACUGUGCUGUGGGUUAUGCUGAAAAGAGAAUGGCGUUUGGAUCGCCCAUCACAAAGCUGCAGGCAGUUCAGUUCAAGUUAGCAGAUAUGGCUGUGGCAUUAGAGAGCGCGCGCUUACUGACCUGGAGAGCUGCAAUGCUGAAAGACAAUGGGAAGCCCUUCACGAAGGAAGCGGCAAUGGCCAAGCUGGCUGCAUCAGAAGCUGCAACAAGCAUCGCUCAUCAGGCCAUCCAGAUCUUGGGUGGCAUGGGUUAUGUGACAGAGAUGCCAGCAGAACGUCAUUACCGUGAUGCUCGUAUCACUGAGAUCUACGAGGGGACCAGUGAGAUCCAAAGACUGGUGAUAGCAGGUCAGCUGCUGAAGGCCUACCGUAGCUGAAGAACCGAAGAGCAAGACAGUGCCACAAGUGCCUCCUCACAGCGAUCCAGGCGCUGAGGAUCAUGGUGGAAGUUUUCCUCGCCAAUGAGUAACCGACCUUAAAAUGUACUGAUUCUUCUUUGGGUGCAGUAUGGUGCAUGGAAGGCUGUAUCCAAGUUUGUAAGCAAUGUCCAUGAGUGCAGGAGGGAGGAAGCAGCUCAUGGCUGCUUUUCCUAACAUCGUGUGUUUUGUUUCAGAAAAGUCAGCUGCACUCCUUGUGCAUCUCGCAGAACUUCCUUUGCAAGGCUUUGUCAGUGUUAGAGAUGUGACCCCUGUGCACUGUCCUGGGCUGCGGGUUACACUGCCAUGUUUGCUCAGCUAGUGGAGUUCAGGGAUGCAGCUGUUGUGAAGUCCUACCCAAUGCAGGCUGUACUGAGCACUGCUGCAGCAGCAGCACCCUUUUCCCCACUUCCAGCAGGAGAGGAGCCAGAAGGGAAGGAACGAAAGGCUCUUACUCAGGCUAUGGUUGCUGUGUACAUAGAUGUAAAAGCAAAGGUCAGAAAAAAACAAUCGCUUUCACAGUGCAAGCCCAGCAGCCUGCUUGCUCAGCCCCUCACAGAUGGAGCUGUAAAAGCAAAGAAGAGAAGCUGCAAUGACUGAGAGAGAUUUAAAAAAAAAAAAAAAAAAGGAAAUGAAUGUUCCACAAACUGCUUUUACUGUACCAACAACUGUCUCACAGGAAAGAAGCUGCAUGCAGUGGCAGUAACAGGUUUUAAUCUCUAUAUGUUUUUGGGCAACAGCUGGGAAAUGAACAGAUGAUACCGAAAACCUUACCAGGAAGCUUCUGCAGUAACACAUAUCCUCCAUCAGUUAUCUUCAGCAAAAAAAAAACUUCUUGAAAAUUAAACAGCCAAAAGAAAAGCUCCAAACUCAGGUAAAGCUGGACAGGAUUGAGGCUACAACCUGUAUGGCCUUUGUCCAGACAGUGAGUACACCAGUUGUAAAUGGUUAUUUUCCUAUGGUGAAAUGACACCAUUUAACUGAUGUGGCAAGAAAAGAGCAAGAUUAUAUUACAUAAAAGCGAACAGAAGAUAAAUAAAACCUGGUUUUAAAUUUUUUUUAAAGGA